GAACUUUCCAGUCGAACUUUUCAGCCAGCCAUCCUCUUUCCAUGCACAUUUGUUGACUGAACUGGACUUGAUUUGCGCUGAUAUUGGUUCUUGUGAUUCUCCACAAUUCGAGCUGAACUCUAACUUGGUUCACCCAUAAUGGUAGCAAGGGCAUUAUGUGCAACCCAGGAGAGAAGCAUAAGAAGGCAAGCUCGCCCUUCACCUUUUGAUCACCCUUAACCAAGGUCCGCAUAACAUUGGAAGAACACGCGUCUUUGUCCUCAUCAAUUUUGUGUUUAUACUACCCAAUAUGCCAAUUUAUUUCUAUCCUCCAGCACGCAAGCGACAUUUCAAAUCACUUUACUGUCCACCCGAUUGUAUAAUUCCGACUGGCGACACUCAGGCUUACAAGCUUUUUCCAAAGUCUCGUUGGGUUUAUAACAAGCUCAUAGUCGCGGAGCUACAAGGGAUUGAAUGUGGGCCACAUGCGACUGAGCCAGAUGAUAAUCUCUAUCCAAUUUUCAGUAAGCCCUUGCUGAGUCUCUGGGGCAAUGGGACGGGCGCACGAGUCAUCAAAUCCCAGGAGGAAUACUGGCGAGGCAUUACACCAGGGCACAUGUGGUGUACUUUACUGUCUGGGAAACACUAUAGCUCAGACAUUGCUGUGGUUGCUGGAAAACCAGUAUGGUUCAGCCACACAAUAGGUGUGCCGGGUCCAUAUCAAACAUUCGACUACUGGGAGGUCAAUGCCACAGCAGAGGAUGAUGUACAGACGAAUAUCACUAGCUUUAUUGAGACUCAUCUGAAUGAACAUACCGGGAUGUUGAACGUGGAAUCAAUCGGAGGAAAGAUUAUCGAGAUCCAUUUGCGAUUCACGGCCCAGUGGCCUGAUCUGUACGGAUCCCGGUUCCUCCCUUCUGUGGUGGACCUCUACUGUGGCAAGGGUUGGACUGGUCCGGCGACAAGCGAGCAAAUGGCCUACAGUGUCCCAUUGUUUGAUGAUGAAAAAUAUGCAGUCAUUUCAUCCUCCAUUCUGUCGGAUACUAUACAGAAAAUGGAAAAGGCUUUCCAUCUCAGCAGUAUAGUGGUGGAGUACGAUCCAACGGUUCCCCUGGAAUCAUGGCCUAGGCCCUCGGGUGGCUUCAGGAUAGCAACUAUCAAUGGGUUUGACUUGGAGAGGUGCAAGUCAGCUAGACACAUGUUACAGACCUAUGUGCAUGAUCUGUAUCACAACCAGGUGACUGGAAGCAUCAACACUUGAAUGAAAAACUCUUGGAUGAAAAACUGUACUCCUGUUUCGAACGAGUGUCCCAGAUCCUAUGACCGUUUUGCCUUGAAAUUAUGUAAUUAGCUAGCAACGUACCUAGGAAUGCAUGGACCUUUUUGAAUUUCAA